GGUCGCUGUAAAAUCGCUGGCAUGUGUAAAGGCAUCAUAAUAAAUAUAAAUCCCCAAAAAUUCUCCAAGGGCUCUCUCUCUCUCUCUCACCAUCUGCAGGAGUGAAUCGUGAACCUAGUUUGGAGGAUCUGUCUUGAGGAAAUUGUUCAGAGCGAAAAAUGGCUUCGAAGCGGAUCUUGAAGGAGCUCAAGGAUCUCCAGAAGGAUCCUCCAACCUCCUGCAGUGCUGGCCCAGUUGCUGAGGACAUGUUUCACUGGCAAGCUACAAUAAUGGGUCCAUCAGAGAGUCCUUAUUCAGGCGGAGUCUUUCUCGUAACCAUUCACUUCCCUCCGGAUUAUCCUUUCAAGCCACCAAAGGUUGCAUUUAGGACGAAGGUGUUUCACCCUAAUGUCAACAGCAACGGAAGCAUUUGCCUCGACAUUCUGAAAGAACAGUGGAGCCCUGCUCUCACCAUUUCCAAGGUUUUGCUUUCGAUAUGUUCAUUGUUGACGGACCCAAACCCAGAUGAUCCUUUGGUUCCGGAGAUUGCGCACAUGUACAAAACCGAUAGAGCUAAGUACGAGUCUACUGCAAGAAGCUGGACUCAGAAAUAUGCAAUGGGUUAAAAAGUUUGUGGCUUUUGAUCCAUCGAGACUUGGUUUUAAAAGAAGGGAAGUGAGAGAGAAAAGGACUUCUUCACAUAGGAUCUUCCAUGAAAUAAAGUUAGAUUCCUAUGUUUUAUCUCUUUUGAUUUUGAUGUCAUUUGAUAAACAAAUUACAUUACUUCUCCUCUAUGUUCUUCCCUUGUUCUUUUCUUUUCGUUUUCCUUGGAAUUGCAAAAAAACUUAUAUUAAAAAAACCUUAUGUAAAAAAAUGAUUUUAAACUUCUCAAAAUGUUGUUUGCUUUAACAACACGAAUUUUAUGGAACCCUAAGAAAAUAAUGGGUUCUAAAUUGGUAUUUCUCUAAAUUUAACUGGGU